CUUCCUCAACCUGCUUCCAACACUGGCAUCGAGCGACAGGCACGCAGGCGAGUGCUUGGGCAGAGUCAGAGGAUGCUCGACCACUUUACCAUCUUCACCAAGACGGGACUCGUCCUCUAUUCGCGGUCUUUUACGCCCCAGAUCCCACCCUCGACGACGGGCUCGUCGUCGCACCCCAUCGACAGCCUCGUCGUCCAGGCCUUUCUCCAAGACGAUGUCUCCUCUUCCACCUUUCAGCGCGAGAGCUACACGAUCCGGUAUGCAUUUGCCAACGACGUCGAGUGCGUCUUUGUCGCCGUGCAUCAACGCAUCCUCCAGCUCGCCUACGUCGAACAGCUCCUCGAGACGGUCAAGCACGACUUUCUGCAGCGCUUCCGGCCCUUUCUGGUAGCCCUCUCGCGCGAGUCGCAGCCGGCGUCGAGCAGCUCGACGAUUCAGGAUGGCGGACUGGGCUCGGACUCGCUCAAGAGGCUCCAGCGGGACUACCAGGCGGCCUACGCAGCGUGGGACCAGCAAUUUGCGCAGACGCUGAGGACCCUCGAGAGGAGCGCGGCCCAGUCGAAGCGAAAGGGCCCCGGUGGUGGUGGCAGUGUCGGUUCACCCAUGGCGCGGGCUGCAUCCAGCAACUCUGUCGCUGCCCUCGCCGACAACGAGGCUGGCAGCGUCGAAGCGAGCGGCGGGGAAGAGACACCGCGGCAGAAUGGCGCCAGCAAGGACGUGGCCAAGAACGUCGAGGCGCUGCGCAACAGGCUCAAGAAGGCCGAGAUCUCAGGUGCAGGCAAGAAGGGCAAGAAGGGCGGGAGUAACAAGGAGUCGCCUGUAGGCAGCGGGACUGAGUCUGCCCCCGGCACGCCCACGGGCAAGAAGAGCAAGGGGCCGGCCAAGGAGAUGCGGAGAUGGGAUGGGGCAACGGUGUCGGACAAGGACAUGGCUGCGCUCGAUUUCAGCAGUGGUGGUGUCGGGACAGGUGCAGCAGCGGCGGCAGCGACAGCAGCAUCGGCAAGGGGCAACGGAGACGAGAAGGGAAGCCUGAGUGGGUGGAUCGACGAAAAGAGCAUGGGCAAGCGGAGAGACGGCAUGUACGAUCUGGCAGAUGUCGACGAUGCCCAGGACGAAGACGAUGAGGAGGACGAGGAUGACGACGAGGAUGAGGCUGACGCGGGGACAGGCUCGAAUGGAGCAGGUGCUGGCUUCCUCUCGCGCUUUGCCUCCCUCGGUGCCGCGUCGUCGUCGGCGCAAGCAAACGGCGGCGGCAGCAGCGGUGGCUUCUUCUCCCGCCUGACUGGCAACCGGCCUUUGACGGCCCAAGACCUGGCCCCAGCACUGUCUGCGAUGCAGUCCCAUCUCCAGUCAAAGAAUGUCGCUGCAGAUGUGGCCUCGAAGCUGUGCCAGUCGGUGUCUUCGAGCCUCGUGGGCAAGCAGCUCGGCAACUUCUCCAGCAUCAAGUCCGAGGUCAAGAAGGCGCUCGAGGACAGCAUCACGAGGAUCCUCACACCAAAGACGAGCACGGACAUCCUCCUCGAGAUCUCGUCCAAGAAGCAGCGAUCCGCCUUGGUGCGACAGCAGCAGGGUGCCGUCGACCCGUACAGCCUCUGCUUCGUCGGCGUCAAUGGCGUGGGCAAGUCGACCAACCUGGCCAAGGUCUGCUUCUGGCUGCUCCAGAACAAGCUCCGCGUCCUCAUUGCCGCCUGCGACACGUUUAGGAGCGGUGCUGUCGAGCAGCUGCGUGUGCAUGUACGCAACCUCGGCCAGCUCGAGGUCGACGGGCAGCGCGUCGCCGAUGGUGUCGAGGAGGCAGACGGCACCGUCAGGAACAAGAUUGAGCUCUACGAGCGUGGCUAUGGCAAGGACGCGGCCGGCAUCGCCAAGGAUGCACUCAGCUACGCCAAGACCAAUGGCUUUGACGUUGUCCUCAUCGACACGGCCGGCCGGAUGCAGGACAACGAACCGCUGAUGAGGGCGCUGGCCAAGCUUGUCGCCGUCAAUGACCCGGACAAGAUCAUCUUUGUCGGAGAGGCCCUCGUGGGAAACGAGGCAGUGGACCAGCUGACGAAGUUCGACCGAAGCCUGAAGGACUUCAGUGGCGUGAGCAGACCGAGGGGCCUUGACGGCAUGCUCCUGACAAAGUUCGAUACCAUCGACGACAAGGUCGGUACCUCGCUCACGGCGACGAGUGUCACGGGCCUGCCCAUCUACUUUGUCGGCGUCGGCCAGACCUACACGGACCUCAAGCAGCUCAGGGUGCGUCACAUUGUCAACGCCCUCUUGAGGGACUAGGUGUUACCCGCCUCUCUGUUGCAAUCUCUAUCGAUGCCAUUGGAGUAAUUUCUUUUCUAGUGUUACAGAGAGUCCAUGCCGGCGU